AUAUAUGUUUGUUCUUAAUAACAUGAGAAAUCAUAAAAAACAUAAGUAAAUAGAUAAUUAAUUAAAUAAUCGUUAUAUAAAGCAUAGAGUAAGAUUUUAAAUAUCCUAAUAUAAAGGUGCCUAACCACAGAUACGGAAGCAAUCAUGUUCAAAAUGAAAGAGAAAAAGCACAAGAAUAAAUCUCAUGAGCCGAAAGAGCUUAAGAGUAAAAAAAAAGCACAUAUUAUUAACUCAUCAAGUUCUUCAAAUUCUGAUUCAGAGCAAUGGGUUGAAAAAGAAAGUUCAAUAGUGCAAAAAGAAACUCGAGAAGACUGGAUGGCAAUGACAGGUCUAUUGAAAACAUACUCAAAACAGGACAUUAAGCCACCAAGAGAUGUAAAAAAAAAGAAUGGUAUUGAUUCAUAUAAUCCAUCAACUAGUAGUAGAGAACUCAAUCCUUACUGGAAAGAUGGUGGCUCAGGACUACCGCAGACACCAGAAAGUUUUCGGAAAGCAAGACCUUUCCUCAAACCAUCUGAAGAAGAUGACUACUAUACACGAUCUUCUAGAGGUCAUAAAUCUGAUUACCAUCACUCAAAGCAGUAUGAGAACCGAAGCCCAUCAAAAGCAGAGCAGACACUAUAUCAGAACAGAGGGUCAAGCAAAUGGAAAAAAAAUGAAAGCUUAAACCAAACUGAAAGAAAAAGUCAAGAACAAAAAACUAAUGUUGAAAAACAUUCAGAACCAACAGUUAGUCAUUCAAAAUGUAAAGACACAGUUGAGAGUAAGUAUUUAACUGAUGAUAAAAUGAAUAAACUAGCAGCUAAAAUUGUAAAAGCUGAAAUAAUGGGAAAUGUAAAACUUGCCAAUGAAUUAAAAGAAAAAUUGGAAACUGCAAGAGAAUAUAGAAAACAGAAUCCUGAUGCUGGCCAAGAAGAAGACAAUGAAGGAAUUAUGCUUAUUUCUACCAACAAAAAAGGAAAUGCAAUGCCUUUAACCCAACUUAAAAGAGGUGUUGCUAAAAAUGGUGAUGGUAAAAGAAAAGCAGAAACUCAUGUAUCUGGUGAAAGAGCUAAAUAUUUUGGAAAUGAUGACAAAUAUAACCUAGCUCAAAUGUUUCAGCAAGAAAAAUAUGGAAACAACUAUGAUGAUGAAGCAGAACUGGCAAAGAUUGCAAGUAAAUCUAAAAAUCCAAAUGAUGAUCUUGCAGACAUCUUCAUGGAUCAUAUAUCAAAGAACAGAGAUGAUGCUAAGGAGUGUCAAAAUGAGAGACAGAAAAGCAUUAAUGAGCAUAUACGGAUUGAAAGAUCUUUGGAAGGUUGUGAAUAUUGCAUAGAUUCUAAAAAUAUGGUGAAACACAUGAUGAUCAGCUGUGGUAACAAGGUGUACUUGGCUUUACCAUCAAAACAAUCACUUGUCAAAGAUCAUUGUUUAAUUACUACUUUACAGCAUUCACUUUGUGUCACAUCCUUAGAUGAAGAUGUUUGGGAGGAAAUUUUGAACUAUAGGAAAGCCUUGACACAUUUUUUUAAUUCACAAAAUAAAGAUGUAGUAUUUUACGAAACAGCUUCAAGAUUACACAAAUAUCCUCAUAUGAUUAUAAAUUGUGUGCCUUUACCAAGAGAUGUUGGUGAUACAGCACCUAUAUAUUUUAAGAAAGGAUUAUUAGAAUGUGAAGCAGAAUGGUCUAUGAACAAAAAAGUCGUUGAUCUAAAAGGUAAAAGCAUUCGGAAAGGAAUACCUAAAGGACUACCAUAUUUCUGGGUAGAUUUCGGCAUGGAUCCUGGUUUCGCACAUGUAAUUGAAGAUCAACAAUUAUUCCCGAAAACAUUUGCAGAGGAAAUAAUUGCUGGAAUAUUGGACUUAGAUCAUAGAGCAUGGAAAAACCCACAACGAGAAUAUGGUGAUGUGCAAAGGAAGAAGGUCUUAGAAUUUAUAAAUGGCUGGAAACCAUUUGAUCCUGUAAAAAAAUAGUGUUUUACUAAUAAAUAAUUAGAACUUA